AGGAUUCAUAUAUGUCAGCGUCCAUUAUGUCGUCGACUUUGGGAUCCGAUUAUUAUACGAAAGUAGAACAACCAGUACUUGAGCCUUCUAAUGUAUUAAGACGUGCCUCUGUGUUUAAUUCGCAAAUGUCGACCACUAAGGACGGUUAUGAAAACAUUAAACGACAUUGGUGGAACGAUUAUGAUAUUGUUUAUGCAAUACGAGAGUCAAAUGUUCGUGCACGGCUCGAACAUUUGAUGAAAAGCAAUUUGGUGCGAAUGUCAAAUCGAAAAUAUAUGCAAGAAUUACAAGACAAAAUCAGAGAAGAUUUUAUUAAAACAAUGAAUAAACGUAUCAACAGACGUGUGGCUAAUGAAGUGGAACGUCAAAAACAUCUAAUAUUAACAGGAUUGAUACCUUUUAGUGAAGCGCCUGCUGAACUUUGGCUUCAUCCAGUAUUAGUCAUUGAUAGAUACACAAAUGCUAUAAUUGCAGCGAAUCGUGAACGAAAGAAAAAAAUACCAAAUAUUGUAAUACCAGAUCAUGAGUACAAUGACCCUGAACCAAUUCCAUCAACUGAUUUAACCAUAAGUGCAGGUCAUCAUUAUAAUCAAGAAAAUAAAACAUUACUAUGUGAUAAUCAUCGUAUAACACAAGAAGGAGAUGAUAUUGCAAACGGUUAUACGUUUACGGACGAAGACUUCUAUAAACUCUUCUAUAUGAAUCCUCAAAUAAUUGCGAUGAAAGAUUUAGAUACCAUUGAAGAAUUAUACGACAAAGCUGAACAAAUUCUAGGUCCAUUGAAAGGAUUAGCACCGCCUUAAAAUUGUGUUUUAGUGGGACAAGUAAUCGAGUUAAGUUUAAGAAUACUAUAUACAUAAACUAAGACGAAAAUAAUACAUAAUAAGCUCCGAGU